AUGACAACAAUCCUGGCCACCCGCUGUCUUGGCGACAUCCGAGGCAAAACUGGCGAAGGUGUCACUCAAUUCUUAGGGGUCAAAUAUGCCAAUCUCAAAAAUCGAUUCGCGGAUGCAGAGCUGGUUGAAGAGCGAAAGGGUGAUAUCCUAGAUGCCACGGCCGAUGGACCUACAGCGCUGUCACCGCCGGUUGGAUGUGAAAUAGAGCUCGGACAUGUCCAGCACUCUUUGCCCAAGAAGGACCUGACGCAAUCAGAUGUCGAUUGUCUCAAUCUCAACGUCGCAGUCCCUUCCAACGCUACUCCUUCGUCAAAACUCCCCGUGCUUGUGUACAUCCACGGCGGUGGUUUGUUCAUCGGGGCGAACUCUUGGCCUCAGAAUGACCUGCUUCGACUUGUCAAGUUGUCCAUCGAGAAGAAUCUCCCGGUAGUGGUAGUCGCCAUCAAUUAUCGACUAGGAGCCCCGGGAUUUUUGACUUCCGAGGAGCUGCGUAAUGCGGGAUACCGAGCAAACAAUGGGCUCCGCGACCAGCGCAUGGCUCUAGCUUGGGUCCGGAAGCACAUUGAAGAUUUUGGCGGAGACCCAGAAAAUAUCACUGCGGCGGGAAUGAGCGCUGGUGGAGCUGCCGUAACCUACCACCUUCAUUCGCAAAAGCCACUCUUCAAGCGCGCAAUCUCAAUGAGCGGAACAUCUCUGUUCGUCCCCGCGCUUCCGUACGAGGUGCAUGAGGAAAAUUAUAAACAUGCGAUGGCCGCUCUGGGAUUGAAUGAUAUAGCAGCUGAAGAGCGAGUCAAGGCGCUGCUGGAAAUGCCCGGCCAUGAACUUAUCGCCAAGCUCCCUCCAUCUGUCCUGGUGAGCCCGGCCAUCGAUAGCGAUAUCGUGCUCCCGGGUAUCACAUACAAUGAGCUAGGAAAACCGAAUUCGAAGGCUCUCCCGGGCCAUUCAUGGUGCCAGGAUUUGUUGAUCGGAGAUGCCGAGGUUGACACCAGCAUUCUACAAGUAGUGGCACCGAGAAUCAACGCCAACUGCACGGAGCGUUUCAUAUCAGCAGUUCGUCAAGUUCUCGCAUCACAUCCAGAGGAAGCACAGCGCAUCCUCGAUUUUUACGGAAUUACCGAGGAUACACCAGACGAGAAGAGCAUUUCUUCCAUCUUCAAAUUCAGCGCGGACAUUCUAUGUCACGCAGCUGCUCUCAGCUUUGCUCGUGGCUGGAAUGGAAACGCCUAUGUGUACCACUUCAACGAGGGAAAUCCAUGGGAUGGGCCGUGGAAGGGCCACGCAAACCACAUUCUUGAUACUGCCUAUCUCUUCCAGACGUUCACUGAAUAUUUGAGCCCGGAGCAGCAGAAGGUUGGCACUGCCUUUGCGGAGGACUUCUUCAAGUUCUGCCACGGACUUGCGCCGUGGCCUGCCAUUACCCCCGGUGAAAUCAAUUCUGGGUUCUCGGCCCGUGUCUACGGACCCAGUGAUCAAGGGAAGAUUUCAGGUGUGGUGACGGAGGCUUUUGGAGGUGAUAGUAUGCGCAGAAGUAUUCUAUUUGACGGCGCUUCCAAGGUCCCGCUGGACGACCUAGCAAAAGUGUUUGUGAACUUUAUGGCCAGCUAA